AUGAAAUUAUUAUAUUCAUUAGUUGCAUUAUUAGGUGUUUCAUCAGUUGCAUUUGGUGAUACCAGUUGUAAUCAAUUACUUUCAUCAUUAGCUGAUCCAUCAAAAUGUGUUCAAGUUUCAAUCUCUGGUGUUCAUUAUCAAUCAUUGGCUCAAGAAGGUUAUAAAGGUAAUUUAGUUUUUGCAUCUGGUGAAUUUGUAUUAAGGGAAUCAUUAUACAAUUUACAAACCUAUGAAACAACAUGUAGUUCUCGUGGAUUAGUUCAACCAUUUGCAGCUGAUUAUCAAUUCCGUGUUGAUGAUUUUAGUAUUAGAUUAAGUGAUGGUAAUCUUAGAUUAAAACAAACUAAUACUCAACUUACUUGUAAUGGUAAUGUUGGUUUCUUCAAUUUAAAUAACUUUUAUUAUACAGUUGCAUUAAAAUCAUAUGAUACAUGUCCAAAACUUAAUUAUGGUGAACCUUGUAAUACACCAACAGUUACUCCAACAGUUACACCAACACCAACAGUUGCUCCAACAACACCACCAGUUGGAACACCAAAAAUCAAUUAUAAAUUAGAUACUGAUAGUAAUUGGGUAGCCAAUGGUGUAACAUAUUAUCAAUAUAAAGUCACAUUAACCAAUAAUGAAAGUUCACCAAUUAAAUCAAUUGAAAUUCAUUCUGAUAAUUGGAAUCCAACUGAAUUUUGGAAUAUUGUAAGAAGUCAAAAAACUGGUAAUUUAAGUUUCCCACCAUUUGUUGUUAAUCUUCAAGCUGGCGAUUCUUUCUCAUUUGGUUUUGUAUCUGCAACUUUAAAUCCAUCAUUUUCAACUGUUAAAAUUGUUAAAGCUUAA